UGGGCAGUGAGAUGUUUGAAUAGGGAAGAUGGCAGCCGCGGCAGUAGUGGAGUUUCAGAGAGCUCAGUCUCUCAUCGGCACAGACAGAAACGCAUCUAUUGACAUUUUACAUUCAAUAGUGAGACGAGAUGUUCAGGAAGAUGAUGAAGAGGCGGUUCGUGUUAAGGAGCAGAGCAUCCUGGAGCUGGGCUCUCUCCUGGCUAAAACGGGACAAGCUGCAGAGCUUGGAGGCCUGCUGAAGUUCGUGAGGCCUUUCCUGAUCUCCAUAAGCAAGGCAAAGGCUGCACGGUUGGUGCGCUCACUCCUGGAUCUGUUCCUGGACAUGGAGGCAGCCACAGGCCAGGAGGUCGAGCUGUGUUUGGAAUGCAUCGAGUGGGCUAAAGCUGAGAAGAGAACCUUCCUCAGGCAGGCCCUAGAGGCUCGACUUAUUUCACUCUAUUUUGACACCAAGAGAUACCAGGAAUCCCUACAGCUGGGCACCCAGUUGCUGCAAGAGUUAAAGAAAAUGGAUGAUAAAGCUCUGCUGGUUGAGGUUCAGCUGUUGGAGAGUAAAACCUACCAUGCCCUAAGCAACCUUCCCAAAGCCAGGGCUGCCCUCACCUCAGCCAGGACUACAGCCAAUGCCAUUUACUGUCCCCCAAAGCUCCAGGCAGCACUUGAUAUGCAGUCAGGUAUUAUACAUGCGGCUGAAGAAAAAGACUGGAAAACAGCCUAUUCUUACUUCUACGAGGCUUUUGAGGGCUACAACUCCAUCGACAGCCCCAAGGCUGUCACUGCACUCAAAUACAUGCUUCUGUGCAAGAUCAUGCUCAGCUUGCCAGAGGAGGUACAGUCCUUGAUCAGUGGCAAACUGGCUCUACGAUAUGCAGGGAGACAGACAGAUGCACUGAGAUGUAUAGCACAAGCUAGCAAGAACAGAUCAUUAGCAGAUUUUGAAAAGGCUCUGACAGAGUACACAAAAGAACUGAGGGACGACCCCAUCAUCAGUACACACUUGGCCAAACUUUAUGACAAUUUGCUGGAACAGAACCUUAUCCGGGUCAUUGAGCCUUUCUCCAGAGUACAGAUUACACACAUAGCGGGUCUCAUCAAACUGUCAAAGGAUGAUAUUGAGAGGAAACUUUCACAAAUGAUCCUGGACAAAAAGUUUCAUGGUAUCCUUGACCAAGGUGAAGGAGUGCUCAUCAUAUUUGUGGAGCCCCCUGUGGACAAGACUUAUGAGGAAGCCCUAGAAACCAUACAGAACAUGAGUAAAGUUGUGGAUUCGUUGUACAACAAGGCGAAGAAAUUGACAUAGAAUAAAUGUCAAAAGCUGUUGCUGUGGGAAAUGGUCGAAUGUGUGUGAGUUUGCCCGUGUGUAUGUAUGUAUGGCCAACAUGUGGAACUUUUUUCUCACAGCAAAAAAGGGACAACAUUGAACAAGACUCACUUGUUCCCCACUUGAGAGUUUUUAACGUUUCUUUUCUUUCAAAUGGACAAUAUCAUCUUUAUGAUCUUCUGAAUUUUUUUUCCUCUGUAUCUGUCAACGGCCAACACAGGCCAUCAGGGAAUGUUGUACAACUACAAUAAAAUCCUAAAAUGUCAUAUAGAAAUGUAUAGCUCUUCUACAUUUAAAGUUUUUAAAUUACAGCAACUUUGUGAUACAGACUCUUGGGUUUCAGUUAUCUGCGGUUGAUAGUUUGUUUGCAGUAGAACAUAUCUUUUAUUCCCCUUUUCUGAUUUUAUGGAUGCAAGGUCUAUCUGAUUGCUGUUGAUGAGAGAGAUUCAAUGGUUCUUGGCAGUAAUGGAGUUUGGUAGGAUUUGUGAGAGGCUUUAUAAUAAGCACAUUUGCCAAUCAUAACAUAAAACGAUUUUGUAAGUUAAUUUGAUCACAAGUAUUGUUUGCCGUUUACUUUUGCAGUACACUGUCUUUACAGUUUUGUAUAUACAGUUUACUGUUUUCCAAGUAGGGUGGUUAUAAUAAAAGGCCCUAAUCCCACAAAGCUUUUAGUCCUCUUUGUAAAAAUACAUCUUUUCACAAAACA